AUCAUCAAGCGUCAUACGCGUUCACCAAGUAUUGUAUUGAUAAUCAGUACUACCCAGUAUUAUCUAGGUGUAAACUGGAGUAUAGCGAAGGAGUGCGGUCGAACAUAAUUUUACUUAAGCAUGAAGUCGCAUCCGGUGUUUUCUGUAAACAUGAUGUAAAAGUUACGCGUGGUUUACAAUCGUCGUGUCACAACUGUCAUUUAUAUGUAUAAAUAGAACGAGUGCUAAUUAUUUAUUUGAUUGACACCUGUUAAUCUUCAACAGGAUAAGCGUAAUAACGCUUUAUAUUGUUCCCUCAAUUAUAAUGAUAUAUCGGCUACCGAAGAGACGUUUCGUGAGAAGCAGAUGCUUAACUUGGACUAUGAGAACCUCUGUAUUGAUAUACCUUAUUAUAUUUGGGUUUCUACCAAUAAUUUUUCAUUAUUCUUAUACUCUUCAAAAAAAGAUACUUUUUUUAAAUUUUGUACAUUGGCCACUUAAAGUAGAGUUUUCCAAUCCAAAAUUGAUUGGGCUGGAAGGCGCUAGAAAUUUUUAUUUACAUACUGAUCAGCAAGUAAAAAUAGGUGCAUGGCAGAUAUUACCACGGUCUUUAUUAAAUAAUUCCAUUCCUGCGACAGACGAAGCUUAUGAAGCAGUUUUAAGUAAUGCUGAGCUACCUGUAUUUUUGUACAUGCAUGGAAACAGUGGUAAUAGAGCAAGUUCGCAUAGACUCGAACUUUAUAAGCUUUUCCAAGAUCUAGAUUAUCAUGUUAUAUGUUUUGAUUACAGAAGCUAUGGGGAUAGCGAUGUAGUAGAACUCUCUGAAGAAGGUGUAGUUAUGGAUAGUAAAUAUGUUCUUGAAUGGGUGAUGAAAAAAGUUAAUGAUUCAGCUCCAGUUUAUGUUUGGGGUCAUUCUUUAGGAACUGGAGUUUCUACACAUGUGUUAGCUCUGCUAGCAGCUGAAAAUAUACAACCAACAGGAUUAUUUUUGGAAGCACCCUUCAAUAACAUACAAGACGAAUUAACAGAGCAUCCAUUUGCACAGAUAUUCAAACACUUACCAUGGUUCCAUUGGAUAGCUGUUGAACCAUUUUAUAAGAAUAAUUUGCGAUUUGAAUCUGACAAACAUAUUACUAAUAUUGAUUGUCCUAUUAUGAUAUUACAUGCUGAAGAUGAUGGUGUAAUUCCAGUUUUCUUAGCAGAAAAGCUUUAUCAAGCAGCAUUAGAUAGUUUUGGAAACAAUACAAAUCGUAUUCAGAUGAUAAAAAUAGAUUCGUCCUAUGGGCUUGGACAUAAAUAUAUUUGUAGAUACAAGGAAUUACCUAGUAUAAUUAAGACAUUUGUCGUUAAAGCACAUGGAAAUCUGACUGAAUAA